UUGCGUGUCUCUCCUUUCUCUCUUCAUGAACGAUUAUGCACAACGGAACCACUACUCAUCUACGACUACUCCUCGUUUUGGAAAAGGAAACACUGGGAAAUUCAGACUAGCUCAGGAGACAACCUCUCACGCCGAAGAUUACCAACCGAACGAAAGUAUCAACAAACGGAAACAGGCGGUACCUCCAGUAAUUUCUGCGGCCAAUCGAGGAGGCAAACAGUAUUUUCGUGGUGCAGGAUCCAGCUUCAGAGGGGGAAGCUAUAGGGGAGGUUUUCUUCGCCGCCAGUCUAGUGCCGGCGGAUUUCCUCUAAGAGCAACUUCCAGCUCUUCAUUUCAUGCCACAUCUCCGUGGAAUGUCUUUAACACAUUUCCUACCCGCAUAUAUGCGCCUCAAACCUCAUAUUCUUCUUCAACCAAUGCUAAUGGUCAACCUUCGGGUACCCAGAACACCACCGAAGCCGUUGAAGUGCGUGCAUCCAACAACACGAUGGAACCACAGAGCAAGCGCCAGAAGCUCACUCAUGAAGAUGCUGCAGCUGUAGCAGCCUCAAUCCCACAUUCCCAGCCAUCUGACGCGUCUUUGAAGUCUGAAGAGGCUGAUAUAGGUCUAGACGCGCCCCUGUCAGCAACGCCAACGAUGUCUGGAUCAAAAUGGUAUCACCCACUACCGCCAAACUGUCAGAAAUCGAAUCCCAACUGGUCGGCGAACCGGAAGCAUUGGUUCAAGCAAGAGAGCAAAUAUCUGAGGUCUCGCGGCCUGAACAUUCUGAGGAACUUUUUCAGAGAUGAUGGGAUGGUAAUCGACUGGUCGAGUCCAGUGCCAGUCUGGUCUGACACUCUCGAACCGGAUCAGUCGUCUUCAUCGUUUUCAUACCCUCCUCCCAUUACUUCUAAAUCCAAGAAGCGUUGUAAAAAGUCAAAGGCCUCGAAACAUACUUUGAACAGCAUCACCUCCAGUGAACCCAUCGUCCUACCUGGUCCUGCUCUCGCGCCUCCUUCGGACAACAAUAUUGACAUAACCUCAGUUAUACCCUCAGAUGAUGAGCCAGAAAUUAUCGUCAUCGACGAUGAUGACGAUUAUACUGAGCCUGCUACACAACCACCUAUAACGCAAACAUUCGCUGACGUUGAUCGACAAGCGACUAUGGAAUCUCAUGCUUUACAAUACUUGAAACAAUAUGUUUUAACAUUUGAUCACGAUCGCUCGCUUCUCCGAGAAGCGUACACUGAUCACGCUCUUUUCUCAUACUCUAUCGUGCGCGACAAGCCUCUGUCCAUCUCCGAGGCUCACCUGUUUUCUGGAUGCGAAACGUCAUCAAAUACGACUCUGAAAGUAGGGCCUGCUGAUAUCGUGGAAACUCUCAGUUCUUUUGGGAAGCACCAGUUCUUUCCACGACACGCUACACUGAAUGUCGACUAUGACCUCCUAUACCUCGGGAACGACCAGAUCCUACUGUCUGUACACGGCCAGGUCGUCGAGCCACGGUCAGACGGGGAGGACGUCAAGGUGGCUGUUGACCAGAGUUUCGUUCUAUGCUCGGAGGAUUCGGGACCAUGGCCGUUGGUGGCUAUCUCCCAUCAGAUGGUAUUGCGUGACCAGGCUUGGGUCCCGGCGUCUCAGUUGAGACUGUCGUGGUUGUGAUGGCUCGUGGGUAUUGAGUAUACAUGACUGUACUAAUUUGUGGAUAUGUAUCACUAGGCUUGUUGUAGAUGUAAGUAACAGCGCAACCGUGUGGAGCGUUUCGAUCUUGGGUACCUGGUGCUCCGGCGCUCAACUCGAAUGAAAGAGUUAUCUUGAUGGGAUUUUUUAUGUUUCGG